CUGAAGGUCCUAUCGAAAUAAACAAAUUGGGGGCCUUUUUUGAGAUAAGCUAGCUGUUGAGGCGGUUUUGAGAGUUUCAUUGUUUUUGCACAACUGUGGUAAAUUGUGCCAAAAAUUUACCAAUGUAUUUUGAGUAGAGUGUUGAGGUAAUGGUAGUACCAUAGACGUUUUAUACGGCUUGGUCUUUCACGCACCAGCUGCUUUAGCAUUUUUGUUUCUAAGCGUCGAAGGCUGUUUUUUCGGUCGCUAUCUUAACGGGAGUAACGUUAGCAUUAGCGAGCAAUAAAGCUAGUCUUUAAACUCACGUGACGCCAGUUUUGAUAUUUAAUCGAAUAAAAUAAGGGGGAGGCGUUGAUGAGCAGCAAUGUCUGGCAUCGCUCUUAGUAGACUGUCCCAGGAACGCAAAGCCUGGAGAAAAGACCACCCAUUUGGUUUUGUUGCUGUGCCUACUAAAAAUCCAGAUGGAACCAUGAAUCUGAUGAACUGGGAGUGCGCAAUUCCAGGGAAGAAAGGAACGUUGUGGGAGGGAGGACUCUAUAAACUCAGAAUGCUCUUCAAAGAUGACUACCCUUCUUCUCCACCCAAAUGCAAGUUUGAGCCACCAAUAUUCCACCCAAAUGUCUACCCGUCCGGCACUGUGUGUCUGUCAAUCCUGGAGGAGGACAAAGACUGGAGGCCUGCCAUCACCAUCAAACAGAUCCUGUUGGGAAUCCAGGAGCUGCUAAAUGAGCCGAACAUUCAAGACCCCGCACAAGCAGAGGCUUACACAAUUUACUGUCAGAACAGGAUGGACUAUGAGAAAAGGGUAAGGGCACAGGCCAAGAAGUUUGCCCCCACAUAAAAUGGAAAACAGGCCUGUAUCUCACCUGAGCAGUCUGAACUGAGAGAUACCAACCAGGAGGCAGGCACCAUCCUAAGGACCACUCCAUCAAGAAUCCAGUUUUGAGUGUUAUACUAUGACACAGGUCACAAAUGAGACUGUUUUUCUUUGUUCCUUUUUUAAACAAUGAAAGUUUAAUAAGGUAACAAUUUUGCCUGUCUUCAGACAAAAAGUAUGCAUUGUCAAUGCAUAGCUGAUGAUCCUAGAACUUUACUGUUAGUGUCACAUUUGUAACUCUUGUAUAAUCCAUCUCUAGUUUUGUUAUGAGUGCUAAGCUUACUCAUGUCUCCAUUUAUACUGUAAGUCUUACUAAUGUAUUAUCAGGGCUGUAGAAAGAACAUUUCUUGUCCCAGCAGCACUGUGUAAAGGUUGGUUGGAUGAGAUCUAAUCUAUUUGUUACCUUUCAGCUUUUAUAAAACCACCACAGCCCGAAGUAUUGUAGAUAGUGUUUCAUGAAUGAAGGCUUCAACAGUGACAAAGCAGUCAGAAGUACAAUGUUGAUUCUUCCUUUUUCCUCUUGACAUUUUGUUAAUUAAUGCAGCAUUGUCAGUUAUUAAUUGAUAACAAAUUUAAAACAGUGGAUGUUUUCCUGUGCUGACAUUGUUGCUUCGGUCGACAAAAUUAUGAUAUAGUCCAAAAUCAUCUAGGAAAAUGAUUGUAGUUUGGAUUGUCAGAUACUAAAUAUGAAAUGACUUGUUUUGAAUCGUGGCAAAAAAAUAAAUAGAAAAUUGAUCAGGACAUCCCUUGUAUAAUAUUCUAUAAGAUGAUAAAGAGAGAAGCUAUAUGGUAAAACUAAUAAAAACUGUUGCUGUAUGUUCAUUUUGGUCCAAUUCAUUUGGUUAUUUUAUGCCACGAUUUGAUUUGCAAAUAAUUUUUUCAACCUGUCUAAAUCCAAAAACAAAGUCUAUCUGGCAAACAAAAGCUUAAAGAUCCUUAUUGGAAUGGCCUCCCAAACAGCAAGGACAGCAGAUGAAAGUGCACUUGAGUGUUUUUUGCUUCUAAAUAUAUGAGUGUAUGUACAUAAUAUAAAUAAUGAAAAAUUGUGAGAUAUGUUUUAUAUUGUUUUAGCCAGUUGACACUUGUGUGUGGUGUUAUAAUAAAUGACUAAAUAAAAGGCAAAAAUUGCGGAAUAUAGUUUAGCAAAGGUUUAGGUCAACGUAUUGUUAGUAUCACCUUUUUAUUCAAUACAGAUUUUUCCUUUAUUUGCCACCAUCAAGAAAUUGCUUAGACUAAUUUCAUUUCUGUCCUGUAGCUGAGGAUGAAUACAUUUUCAGUGCUUUGCAAAAUUCAUUUUUCAUUGGACAAUUGAAAGAACGGCGGCAUCGAGUCGCAUGGAUAGUAAGUAAAAACAAAAAGCCGUUUACAGACUCAGAGACCGUCAAGGACUGUAUGCUAGCAUCCAUUGAAGAGGUGGUAGCAGAUGAGAAAACCCGAAAAAGCAUUAUUGAUUCCAUCAAGCAAAUUCCAAUAUCCGACACGUCAAAUAUGAGAGUGGAGUCCCUUGCAUCGGACGUUUUCGAGACGCUUUUGGACAAGUUGAAGAAGGCCGAGGUGACGUCUUUGGCCGUGGACAAGUUGACAGACAAAAGUGAUUUUGCACAGUUGUGCCUCUACGUGCGCUUUGUUGAUGGGGAACUUUUUCUCGAGGAUCUGCUUGGACUAAUUCCUAUGGAGGGGCACACUACCGGUGAGAUUCUUUUCACCAAAAUUAUUUUGUUCUUUGAGGAGAACAACUUGAAUUUGACGUGCAUUAACAUGCUGGUGACAGAUGAUGCUCCCUGAAUGGCAGGCAGGAAUCGGAGGCUUGCAAUGAGGAUGGCAGUCCGCAGAUGAGAGCUCUACGUUACCUCAUCCACCACAGCCUCCUGUGUGCAAGAAAGCUCUCACUCUUCUCUGCUGAUCUUUGUACUGGAAGGAUGCUCCACUUCGCCACAUUGAAGAAACCUGGCCUGCAAAUUACCGAGGUGAUGUCAGGCUUUAUUGACUCUUUGAAAAACAACUUUGCCAGUAGGUUUGGGGAUUUCAGCAUCUCCACUGAAGUUAUGAGAUUUAUGAAGGACCCUUUCUGCGUGAAUGUUGAAGCAGACUUUGCAUUGAAAGCAAAGGAGCUGGUGUCAUUGGAUGAGUGGUCUUUACAACUGGAACUCACUGACAUACAGUCAUCAGAUGACUUGUGACAGUCAUUGCAGCAGGCAGGUUUUGAAAAAUUCUGGACCCAUGUCAGCUGAGAGACAUUUUCACACUCAAGGGGUUUUGCAUUUGGUCUUCUGACAAUGUUUGGUUCAACAUACACUUGUGAGUUGUCAUUCUCACACAUGAAUGACAUUAAAACUCACAAUCGCAUAUCACUUACUGACCAGCAUCUGCAAAACUGCUUGCACAUUGCCCUGACAAACUACACACCUGACUUCACUGCUCUUGCUAAGUCAAAAAAAAUGCCAUUUCUCUAAUUAGAUGGCAAACCUUGGCAAACUGCUUUCAAGUUAACAGUAAAGCAAGCAAUGAGGAUUUUUGAACAGUAUGAUGUAAUUAACAUGUUAUUCACCUUGUAUUAUCCACUUAAUGUUUUUCUUGAGGUGGAAUGGCUCAGCUGGACUGAAUACUGAGGUGUUUGAUGCAAUUUCAUCAAUUCAAUCAAUUUCAAUAUAGACAGAUAAGGGGAAAAAAAUGUAGUGAAAAGCCCUCACCAGAUGUCUGUGUGCUUUUGUCUACAGCAGAGGAACUGCUGAACAUUGGCAUUGUAGAGAGACCAACUAAGGGAUUGUCUUAGUAAUUUUUCUGUCUUAAAAUGGAUUAAGUGAUUAUUGUUAAAUGUACUUUGAAACAUUUUUGCCUUGAUAAAAUAUCUUGCAUGUUGUUAUAAUUCUAUUCAGAGGCAUAAUAUUCAGUUUUAUUUUGUAUUUGUUGGUGCACUAGGAAGUUGUUUGCCAGUUCAAUUAAUUAAACUCUAAACAACUGAUUUGGCUCACCUGAACUGAGCACUGCAGUUUGAAAUACAUUGCCUUGAUCAAAUACCAUGCACUGGUAUGUUGUUGCAAUUCUAUUCUGUACCAUACUGUGCACUUUAUUUGUGUUGUUGUUGGUGAAGAUCAAUUUGAUGUUGCCUGUUGCUCAAAUGAGUACAAUCUCAAAUGUAAAGGAUAGCUACCUGUAAAAUUGUGUUGGUACAGUUAUAUACAAUUCAGUGCAUGUUUUCUGUUAGGUAAUUGCAUUUCUCUAAUUGUCUGUUAAUAUGGUUUGGAUAUUGCUCACUUGGUCUCAUUUUUGAACAUUGUUGAAAAUUUAAAUGUAAAUGUAAAUUACAAACUCCAAAUUAGA